AUGACUAGUAGUUAUCCCUUCCCGUUGUUAUUGUCUUUAUUCGUCUCAUUGACAACGACACUGGUUUAUACGUUGGAACAAAAUAAUCGAAGAGUCGAUCAAAAGAUUCUGAUUGGACCAAAACAUAUCAAUACUUAUCCAGGUGAAACAGUACAAUUUCCCUGCAUUGUUUCGAAACAAUCCAAUGCAGUUGUCACUUGGUGUUGGAAUGACUUUUGUACCCUGGGGAAGACACAAUUUCUUCAUCGGGAAACUGUACAAAACGAUGUUGUUAAUGUUUAUCAAUACAUGGCAUAUCCGAGAUUUCGAUUGUCUAUCAAUGAACGUCUAAAUCAUUAUAAUCUCUCGAUUAUUCAUGUAUCAAAUAAAGAUGAAGGAAUAUUCCAAUGUCAAGUACAGAGGACAAUGAAUGCAAAUGAAGCACGUUCAGAACGUGUACAUUUGACCCUUAUUGUUCCACCAACAGAUGAGCCAACAUUGAUACUGCCAAAUAUGCCAUUAAGACAAGGACAGCCAGCGAACAUUACCUGUUCGUCGGCUCCGUCAAAGCCCGCAGCGACGUUAAGCUUGUAUAGGAACGAUGAAUUGAUUGAUGAUUUAGCAACGUCAUCGAUUAUUUCAUAUGAAUUGGAUGCAACCACCAAUCGAAAUAUUACGAAGUUAACUUAUAUAAUUAAUAAUCCAGAUAGUGAGUGGAAUAAUGUGCUGCUCAAAUGUCGACAGAUGUAUACAAUUGACAAGAAAACUUCAAAGUUUGAUGUCACAGCAAAGAUCCAAGUUCACUAUAAACCGAAAGCUCGUAUCGAAUCCCAGAACCGUUAUCCAUUAACCAUCAAUUCAACCGCAACUUUUCGUUGCGUCAUCCACGGUAAUCCCGAACCGAAACUAAGAUGGUUCGCGAACUCUAUGGACUUAACUUCUCUGACAAGUCCAACGAUAAAUAUUCCUCUAUCAAAGCAUGUACACAAUCAUUCAAUCGGUUGCACAGCAAUCAAUUCCGUUGGAACCACAAACACAAGUAUUCGGUUAUUAGUUCGAUAUCCUCCCAUAUUAGUUGUCCGACCACCCAAAGUUGUCGUCCUAGAUUUACAUAGUAAAUCAUCCUUAAAUCCGACUAUACUUCGUUGCAUAGUUGACUCGUAUCCACGUGCAAAAAUCAUCUGGUCUCGUUAUGGAGAAAUGGUUGGUGAAGGAUCUACGUUCAACCUUGAAAAUAUCACUAAACGUGAGCAACAAGGAGUCUAUUCGUAUCGCAUCGAAACCGAUGGUUAUGAUACAAUUAAACAUGAUUUUGUCCUUUACAUCAAAGGCAAACCAUUAGUCUAUAUUCACGAAUCUCGACAAUUUAGUCAUCUAUUUGAAUGUCAAGUCUACUCAUCAAGUCCGAUACUUAGCAUAACUUGGAAAUUGAACGAUCGACCGAUUCAAUCUAAUGAUCAAUUGUCUACAUCGACUACCUGCGAAGAAAAUGUUUGCACGUCGAAAUUACUUUAUGAUUACCGAAAAUUAGUACCAUCAUCUCAAACUCUCAGUCAUUUAUCAUGUAUAGGAGAAAAUGAAUUCGGUAUUGAACAGAGCCGCCUCUACCAAUUAAACACAUCUAAUGAUCCUUCGAUGAUUUUAGUGUCGAUUCUAUUGAGUACUUUUCUUUUAAUCAUUAUUUUCUCAUUGAUUGCAAUCUAUUGUUGUUGUCGAGCGCGUCUCGUCCGACGACGACAGAAAAAUGCCAAAGCGAAAAAAUUACCACUUGUCUUCGAUGAGCAUUAUUCAAUCAACGAAUUGUUGAAAGAAGUCGGUUCUCUGAAAACUUGUAAUACAUCGCUGAACAAUACCGAUCAGUUAUCACUGAAAAUGGAAUCGGCAGAUCAUUUAUUAACGAAACUGUUUAAUAAAAAUACGCAACAAUUCUUGGAUACCUUAUCGAGUGAAUCAUCGACAAAUAGUUCAAGUUUUCAUUCAAAAUCAACAACAACUAUAUCCAAUCACGAAUACAGUCCAAGACUAACUGGAACAACAGAAUUUACAUACUUCGGUCGAUCUCCACUGUAUUCAUGUCAAGAUGGAAUGAAUGUGUGA